AUGUCUUCCGAAGCAGGAUCCCGGGCCUCUAAGGCAAAAGAAUGUUCAUCGCAGGCGUCGGCUUCGGCUGAGCCGUCACUGUUGUCAAAGGUUCUCCGGCCGUCGUCUCACGCGGAGUGGCACAAGGACGAAGCUGCGGACGUCUUCUGGUGGCUCAAACAGAUCGCUGCGAUCAUCGUCGGCGUGAUUCUCGGCAGUCUCGGCAUAACCGGCUGGGCGGGUUUUUUGGCCUUCGCCAUCGUGCAGUAUCUAGUAGCCAACAUCUGGGCGCAGCACGCAGGGCUCGUCGGCGUGUGUGUCGAGCCCUUCGACGUCUUCACAGAGCAAUCCUUCAUGGCUGGAGGAACCUUCGUAGUCCUGUGGACUCUGGUCUACUCUCUGAACGUCUCCCACGGAGUCGCGUGA